AUGAAACUUUUCUUCUUGAUUUUUCUAUUUUCCCUGGCUCCAUCUACCCAAGCCAUCACAAAAAUGGUAUCAGUGAACGGUCAGGCUGACACGAAAACCGGUUGGCCAAGUAUCAUAUAUUCCAAUACGGAUUGGGAUGAUUGCGUACAAAAAUGUUAUAACGAUCAGUUCUGUGACGUGGCGUAUGGAAAUAGUUCUCUAAUUUGUGUAUUCUACGGAAUUUCUGAUUUUGGAUUCGCAAGGAAAGAGAUACCAUCAGCAGCGCUUCAUAGAGCCUCGUUUAAGCUGGACAUUCCCAAUGGAUUAUGCACUACCAAAUUGGAUGACCUGUUCAAAGGCAGUCAAUCGUACGGUAGAAAUGGAAUUUCUAUUUUCCAAAUUACAAUCACUUCCGAUAAAUAUGAUGCCAAUUAUUACUAUGAAGAACCAUGUGACAAGCCGUUUGUGUAUUCGUGUGGGUGCUCCGAGUCGAUGUACUUAUUCCGAGGAACCGGUCCUCCUACUGACCUAGGCACGACAAGAGAUAUUCCCACGUGGUUUCUAUGCGUCUUGCAGUGCUCAACUGACGUGGAUUGUGUACUUGCGUGGUUCAGUGGUUAUCGAAAGUGUACAAUGUACACAUAUGGAAGUUUUAAUUCAAUGUCACGAUCAGAGGAUUCAGCGAUACAGCCGGAUACACCGAAUUAUAUUACUCUCAAAAUAUUUCCUCUAAGAUCUAACUGCCCCAUGACGGAGCAUGAGGUUUUAAACCUAAAGAAUAUGGUAAUUCCCGCUGAAACUACUUCUGGAUACGCUGACUUCUCAAUGACUUGGACAGCUUCUUCGGAAAAUAUAGAAUUUUCUUGGGUGCCGACGGAAGUACGAACGUACUAA